AUGGAAUUCAAUACUAUCUUGGCCAUCCCCGGAGGCAUUGGAUUCGCCCUUCUCAUAAUCGCAAAUUCAAAGCUAGCCAAUGCCUUGGCUGCCUUUCUGUUCAUCUUCAAUCUUAUUCUCAUUUUCUUUUCUGCCCGUCACAUUAAGCUCACUGAAGCUCGUCGCAACUCCAAGCGUAGCAAGCAAGCUACUCUCCACCAACGAAACAACCUCUAUGAGUACUACCUCUUCGUCAUGGGCUCUGGUGGUCACACCAAGGAGAUGCUCAUGAUGAUGGACGAUGGAUACUGCAGCUUCCAGAACUUCCACCGUCGCUAUCUCAUUUCUUCUGGAGAUACCAUGUCUGCCAACCAUGUUGUCGAUUACGAAGCUGAGCUAGGUGCCUUAUGCACCGCUAAAGGCACACAGCCUGGAAGCUACGACACCAUCACCGUUACUCGUGCCCGUCAGAUCCACCAGUCACUCCUCACUACCCCUUUCACGGCUCUUCUCAGUAUUCUCGACAUUUUUCCAGCUCUUAUGAAUCCCCCCGCCAACGAUACCGGAGCUCGGGUGCGGUAUCCUACUUGCAUUUUCACCAACGGUCCUGCUACUGGCUUCUUCGUUGGAUUGGCCGCUCACCUGCUCAAGCUUCUCCACGUGGUCCCAGAGACCUCCAUGCAUAUCAUCUACAUCGAAUCUUGGGCGCGCAUCACCACCCUGAGCCUUACUGGAAAGCUCUUCUACUACACUGGCAUCGCCAACGUCUUGGUACAGCACAAGGAGGUGGCUGAAAAGUACCAGGUCGAGUGCUGUGGUGAACUGGUGUUCAAUGCUCGGCGGGAAACUUGA